AUGGGAGACGGUAUCGCUGUUCAGAGCACAAGCAAUUCGAUUAAGGGUAAUAAGGAUAAGAAAAAGAAGAAGAAGAAUAAGAAUAGAGGUGGAAGCAAGAAGAAGAUGACCCACGAACAAGUUUUGGCUUUUAAGUCUGUCACUGAAUGGGUUUUCUUGGCGCACCCUUCUUCUUCUUUGGCUUUGGCUCCUUCCUCUCUUGUCGAUGAUUUUGGGGUACAGAAGCCUCUAGGGAAAAACGGUGACAGAGUACUCUUUGAAUUGCACUCGCACUCUAAAUGUAGUGAUGGGUUUUUGUCUCCUUCUAAGGUUGUUGAGAGAGCACACAUGAAUGGCGUGAAAGUUCUUGCUCUGACAGAUCAUGACACUAUGGCGGGCAUCCCUGAGGCCGUAGAAUCGGCUCGUAAAUAUGGCAUCAAGAUAAUCCCAGGUGUUGAAAUUAGUACAAUAUAUUCUCCUAGUGGAGAAACAGACACUGAAGGAGAGGAACCUGUUCACAUUUUAGCAUAUUAUAGCAGUAUUGGACCUUCGAAGUUUAAGAAGCUAGACAAGUUUUUGUCAAACAUAAGGGACGGACGUUACCUUCGAGCUAAGAACAUGAUCUUAAAACUGAACAAGCUAAAAAUGGCUCUUAAGUGGGAGCAUGUUUGUAGGAUUGCUGGCAACGGAGUUGCUCCGGGAAGGCUCCAUGUAGCCCGUGCUAUGGUUGAAGCAGGUUAUGUUGAAAAUCUCAAACAAGCCUUUGCCCGAUAUCUUUUUGACGGUGGACCUGCUUACUCCAAGGGAAGUGAACCUGAUGUGGAGGAAGCGAUAAAAAUGAUUAGCGAUACCGGGGGUGUCUCCGUUCUGGCUCAUCCAUGGGCUUUGAAAAACCCUGUUGCCAUUGUCCGGAGGUUAAAAGAAGCAGGCCUUCAUGGGAUGGAGGUCUACAAAAGCGAUGGAAGGCUCGCAGCAUAUAGCGACCUGGCGGAUACCUACGGACUUCUGAAAAUCGGAGGAGCAGACUAUCACGGAAGAGGACACCAUGAAUCUGAACUGGGAAGUGUGAACCUUCCGGUACUAGUUUUGCAUGACUUUCUUAAGGUAGCUAGGCCUAUAUGGUGCAAUGCUAUAAGGGAAAUAUUGGAGUGCUAUGCUGAGGAACCUUCUGAUACAAACCUAGAAACGAUUACAAGGUUUGGUAGAAGUAGGGUUUUUAAGGGAGGUUCAACCUUGAAUUGUGGACAAGAUUUGAUUGAUCAUUGUUUACCUCUAUGGUUGAGUAGCCAAGAGAUGGAAAAUGAAGAGUUUGAAGCUAUCAAGCUGAAGCUUUCCAAUGUUUCUUCUUCUACUAGUGAGAGAGGAAUUCAGGUUCUUAUAGAGACGUAG